AUGGCAUCCAACGACAAAGUCUCACUUACAAAACAAUCUGAUGGAAUAAUCAUAACGCAAUCGUGGUAUCGUAACCCGACCUUUGUCUGGAUGCUAAAAUCUACCGCCAUCAAUUUUAUACUUCCCUUCUUCAACGGUGUCAUGCUCGGUCUGGGUGAAAUUUUGGCAAACGAGUUGGUGUUUAAGUUUGGCUGGUUUGGAGCCUCUCGCCUCUCACCCGUUUCACUUGGUAUCCGUACUGGUGUUUCGCCAACUGCCACCGCAGAGUACAAAAAAGCACUACAAACUGAGGUUAAGAGAUUGGACAAGCAGAACGAGCGGUAG